CACAAACACUGAAAACAUUCAGUAGCAUUCUACACACAACUCUGUUUCAUAAUCUUCCCCUGUUCCUUUCUUGUUAAUUACUGAAGUCAAGUGUUCAGAAAAACCAAUGAGGAUUGUAGGAAUGGGUUUUCGCCCCACAGAUGAAGAACUCGUCGACUUCUACCUCAAACACAGAUUGCUCGGUGAUGAUCCCCGUGUUCGCGUCAUGACUGACAUAGAUCUUUGCGAUGUUGAACCUUGGGAAGUACCAGUGAUGUUAGCAAAAUCAGUAAUACCAUUCAAAGACCGAGAAUGGUGUUUCUUCAGUCCUGUUAAAUUGAUGUCCUCAAAUAGUAAAAGGUUUAACAGGAGAACCAAGUCUGGGUUCUGGAAACCCACUGGAAAAGACCGUGAUGUUAGAAGCAGGGACACCAACACUGUCAUUGGGACUAAGAAGACUCUUGUUUUCCAAUGUGGUCGUGCUUCCAAAGGUGUCAAUUCCAACUGGGUUAUUCACGAAUAUCAUGCUCUUAACUUUCUUGAAAGCCAGAAUGCUUUUGUGUUAUGCCGCUUGAUAAAGAAACCUGAGAAAAAAACUGAAGGAGGAACUGCUGCACUGAUAUGUGAUGAAGGGGAAUCCAGUAGAAGCGUGGUUUCUGACUAUGAAAAUCAGGCGAUAGCAGAAGGAGUUCCAUCCGUAAGCUGAUGCAUAUUUCAUGA